AUGGAGAACAACAGUACACAAUCUACACCUAGAAAAGUUUAUUUAAAACAGAAACAUAAAGGAUGCUGCAGAUUAUGUGGAUGUGAAACGGAAAGCCGGCGCAUGACAAACGUUUUAUCGGUAGCAGCAGUACAGAAGUUUCUGGUUAAAAUAAUAUCCGAAUCGUGUGGAAUUUUUAUACAAAGAUCGGACGGUCUUCCCACGGCUGUAUGCAAUAAAUGCAUAACCUUCGUUAAAAAAAUCCAUGUAUUCAUAGGCCAAUGUCAACAAGCACAAACCGACUUAAAGGAGCAGGUAACUGUGAAAAGAUGUCCUGUGCAAUCGCCCAACAUUUCAAACAAAAAACCGGCGAAACGGCAAUCAAUGUCACAAGAUGAUGAGAGUAUAGAAGAACCAGAGAUGGACGUGCCUGGCCCCAGUACAAUACAUCUAGACAUAGCUCAGUCAACUACGACUUCGACUCGCAGUGUAAGAAGCAGGCUCGAUUUUUCAUCGACCGCAAACUCAACUGUAAUCCCGUCUUCGACCCUGAUUACUGCACGUCAGAUAGAGAAAAUAACAGCAGCUGCACGAACAGAAGACGCCUCUGUCCUCGCGUAUAUAAUUAUGAAAUAUUGUCCCAACGUAGUUAGAGAGGUGAAGAGAAAAAUCACUGAUGAUAUAAAUGCGUCUUGCAAAAACCUUUGCCUUAGAAACAAAGGCUCUAUUUUACACGCUGGACGACAAGACUCAUGCGGCAUGAUGAUAAACUUCUCGUUUGAAAAGUUGUGGGAAGAAAUGGAGACCAAUAUCCCAUUUGUCAUGGAGAUUCUAAAUGCAAUCACUGGUGUUGAAGGAUGUAAAGCGAAGCAAGACCUACGAGCAAAGUACGGGUUUCUAUAUUCCAUUCUAAUGAAUGUACGUUGGCAUGAACUAAGUCUGAUUCAGCGAUUGAACACGCUUUGCUUAAUUGAAGGUGGCUGCUCAAAACAGGUAAAUUUUUUAUUAAUAUGUGUUUACGUUUCACUUUUCAAAAUGAUACAAUGUUCAUGGAUAUCUACUUGGCCUUAACUUUACCAAACGUAUACUACAGAAAAUUGAUUGUAUAUAGUUCUGUCAUAUAUACAACUACGUGCACGUGACUAUAUGCUAUAUGCAAAGACCAUUGAAAUCAACACAAGUGACAAGUGUACAGCUUAAUAUAUUCAGGUUGUAAUAGCACAGUGAUGUCUAUACGGUUUAUUUUAAUUUAAUUUCCUAAACAGUCAACUAAUAUAAAGGCGAAAAGCAAAGUAAAAGUGUGUUUUAUUUAUGUGUGCAUGAAAUUUGAAAAUCAUUCCAAAAUUCACGCAGCCGAGUCAGCUUGCAAUGUCAGGUGCAUCUAUUGUCUUAUUUGUUUGUUUUGGUCGUGUUUGUUUUUAACAGGUAAAAACUUUUUAACAGAGUAUGAACAGAGCCAUAGGUCUCAAUUAGGUUGUCAUAAUUAGCUGCACGAGUCUGCAUAAACAAAAUCAUUUGAGAUGCUAAUCAGUUUCCCUUCUUAUAAAACACGACAAAUUUAGGUAUUAAGAAACUGUAAAAUUCAGCCAUUAUGCGCUCUUUAUUCUUACUUUUUCCUUCAUCUGUAUAAUUUACAGUAAUAUGGCUGAUGUAUAAAUAGAGUAUCAACAUAAAGACCAAAUACAAACUAGGCUUAUUAAAGUAGUGCAUUGCCAUAAUUUGCAACAUUGUUGUCAAUUAUAAUUUGUAAUAAAAGGUUUCUCUUCUAGUUACAACAUCGCCUGAAUAAGCUUGGUGUUUGCCUGUCCCAUAGCAGACGCACUACUUUACUCACGUUACUGGGUGGUCAUUUCCUUGACAAGACAGUGGAGAAGCUUAAGAGUGGGAAGACUUUUCGUGGUACGGGAGAUAACUGGGACAUAAGAAUUUUGAAGGUAAUACGCAAGUGCAUAGCCAUAGGUAUUUCUUAAUAACUACCUGAACGAACAACGCUAUAACGUGUCUACAAGAUUAAAUACAUAUUAGUUUUUAAAUUUAAUGUUUUUAAAACCAUUUUAAUAUGUAUAAGCCUCGCGACAGUAAAAUUAACGUUCGUUUAUAUUGCAAACUUUAAUUUGGAAUGGUUACUACAAGUUUCGCUAUUAAGCGUGACAUCAAUAUUUAAUAACAAUGGACCAUUUGCAUUAUAGACUAAAUUUUGGUCUAGACGAAAAUUUUAUCACAGCUUGAAAGAGCAUCACAAAAUUAGUAAUAUUCCAAAGCCUAUAUUUCAUAUAAUAUAGCCUUGCGAAGUUUGCCGUUUUUCAGUCAUUUGGUAUUACGCACGGGAAAUUGACAGCCCAAUCGGGUGUUGGGGCAUCAAUUUCCCGUUUGUAAUCUAAAAGGACUGAAAAUUGCAAAUUUAGCAAGGCUAUAUUAUCCGCAUUUUACAACAUUUCGCAACGAAACUUUGGGAUAUUACUAAUUUUGUGAUGCUCUUUCAAGAUGUGAUGAAACUUUUGUCUAGAUCAAAAUUUAGUCUAUAAAUAUAACGCAGAUGGCCAUUGAUUUUAAAAUAUUUAAUAUUAAAACAUUUUUAUUAUAUUAUCAAAGGGUCAGAUGAGAAAAGAGGUUCACAAUGAAGACCUACAUCUUUUCGCAUCAAAUCUGAUUGAGAAUCGUGUUAACUUUCAACACCUUCCGAAUGAUAGUCCGCUCGGUGACAUUAAAUCUUGUCCAAGAUCUAAGUUUCAUUUAAAUGUUCAUGAAUGGAAGAAAUUUGCUGAAACUGCAAAGAUCCUUGUUGCACGGGUUCUCGUCGAAUUUUUCCCUACAUUCAGCUUUCUAAAGAAAGUCAUACCGGCUCAUAUUCAGCAUCAAUAUAGCGAAGAAAUGUCAAAGAAAUCUUUCGUCGUCCCUAUGCCAAUAAUCGAUGCGAACGAGGCGAAUUACGGAGAUUGUGUGAAGAUCUUACGUACUUACGAGAAGUGGAUCGCUGAAAUAUAUCACGAAGCGGGUUUGCUGGAGAAACUUCCUGAAUGCGAUAACCCACCUUUACCUGAUGGUAGGUUAAAAAAAUAGUUUUUCUUAUUUGUUUCAGUUGCAGUGUUUUUUGGUUAAACCAAACAUACAAUGCAUAACUAAAGUGUUCCUUUAUACGUUCAAAACUGAAACAGUAAUAGCAUGGGUAACAAAACCAAUUAAUUAUCUAUGUGGGAAUACUAUAUAAAUGUAAAAAAUGCCGAUGAAAAAUUCCUUCCUUUUUGAACUUCUCAAUAUAUAUACAUGAAAACCACAUAGAAUUUGUUUCACUUCUGUGUGUGUUUUAUAUACACACAUAGAAGUGAAACAAAUUUUACAUGCCUAGAGUAAAUAGUGCAACAUGCAUGCAUGAUCACAUUUAACACUACCAUACUGAGCCUAAGCCCAUAACACAACUGAGCCUAAGCCAAAACAAAUAGCCGAUGCAUACACACUUAGCUACAUUUUGUGAAGUAAAGUUCAGUAAAUUUCACAUUCGUUACUACGUAUUUAGUUCCUAUUUUUUUUACUAAAAUCAUUUUACUCAAGUUGAAAAGGUUUUGCAACAAGUUCUGGCUAUGAUUUUAAUUAUUUUGUACUCUUGGGUUUCAUAUAUUUGAAUGGGGGUCAACUUGAGACACAGUCAUGAUAUGAGUGAAUUAUUUGUUCACUGUAUAAUGUCUUGGCCUUUUUUUGUUUGGCAGCAAAUAUGUGCAAUUCUGUGUCAUUUGCUCACUCCAGUACAACAUGAUCGUUAAUUGAUACAUUUCAGGUUGACCCCCACUCAAUUUGCUAUAUAUAACACCUAUAAUGAAAGCCACCAAUAAUUUGAGGUUAUUCACCAUUUCAGCCAGGGACCAAAAUAACAGUCAGCCAAUGGACAAUGUCCGGCCAGAAUGUGGAGUUGUGUGGUCAAAUUCUUACUUUGCCCAGUCACUUUCGGCAAAAGAACAAACUAAUCUUCAUUUUAAUUACUGAUUACAGUAAGGCUUUUUAUAUAGCCGAUAAAACAGCCGUUUAUUGUUGCUUUUGAUUUAAGCUGAAUAAUAUGACUGGCCUGAUAUUCAGUAUGUCUGAGCUAAAAUCCACCCUAAACUUUUGGCUAAAUUGCCUUCAUACAAUCACAAUAGUAACUGUUAUCAGUAAAGGUCAUGCGAAUGUGGCAGCAUAACCCGAAAUCAGCAAGACAAACUAGCAAUGUGUCAUGUUGAUUUUUGGUCACAUCAAAUGAAUCCUAUGAAUUUAUAUUUAUUACUGUAGGUCCAGCUGCACAAGGUCAGACUAGGUCCCACACAUGUCAUUCAAGUGAUGAUCCGAUGAAAGAUAUGAAAGUAGUCUUUGGUGGCGAUCAGCUUACUCGUGUACGAUUUGCGGGAGCUAAAGACCUAUUAGCUGGCUCACAUACACCAAGUGACAGGUUUGAACAUUGUUCACCAUUCAAGCCGGUUAUGUGGCAUACCAAAGCUUCUUUCCUCCAAUACUGUUACACAUAUCUGCACAAUCCUCAUUCUGUAAGUCAAGUUGGUACACUAAAGUACUUCAGAGAGAAAUACAACAGGCAAAAUGCAACGCCAAAAAAGGUACUGGAUUGCUAUGAAGGGAGCGAAGAAUUAUUCCUCAGUAUGGGACGGGCUUACAUAGUUGUAGCUGCUUUGAAAUAUUUUGGUAUGUCAGAACUAAAUGACAAACCAACAGUUCAUGUCUUUCCUGACAAUUUAAUUUGUGACACCAUCGAAGCAAUGCAGAAGUACUUUGAUGAAGCACUUGGAGGAUUUAUUGACACAUUCUUCUUACAAAAACAAUUCAAUGCGGCAAAUCAUGACAAAGAGGACUAUGUUAUGAACUAUGGAAUGUCAUGUAUCUUCUUCGCAGUUGUCCUUUUGCAGCUUAAAGAUACCGCAGCUGAAGCGGAUGGAGAUCGCAACCUCGUUAACCAAAAGUUGCUGUUACUCAUUUUCAAAUCUUUGGGGACAUACAGUAAGUAUGCAAUUGAGAUGUUUGUGAGCAUUGCACAAAUGGAAUGUUUACUUACACCGCGCCUAUCAGCAGAAUUCAAGUGGGGAUUCUUUACAAAUUGGAGAGGUGGUUAUGGCCAUAAUUUAGAAGAUGAUUUGGUACAGGAAAUAACCAACAAACUAAGUAAGAACAUGGUACAACGAAUGGGACCAAACAAAACCAUUGAGUCCAUCAGCAGGUUGACCAAGUCUGUAAGUGGAAUGACUGAAGUUCUUCAGUCUUAUGACCAAGGAUUGAACAUACACAAGUCUUCAGUCCAGCAUACUGGCAGAGAUUGCCUAAAAGAAGAGAAAGAAAUGAUUGCAGACCUUAUAAAAUUGGAUCCUUUCACACACAUUGAUGGACGAUCACAUGAGUCAUUUCCACAAAUCCAAAGAUCCCCACUACUGAAGUUAAAUAUUGUGGAUUUUCAUCAGUGGUUAGAUCUGCACAAGAGUCAACUCUCACAGUAA